AUGCUCAGAAACAUCGAGACCCAAAAUCGAAACUAUUCAGACCCCGAGAUCGACUCAUCUCCUCAACAAGAAGAAGAAGAGAAAAACAUACCCCAUGAAUUUAAUGAUUCACCAUAUCUGGAAUAUUCGUACGAGGAUGAAGAAGAAGAUCAAAGAGAACGUAAUUAUUUCAAAAGGUUUGUCAACAGUUUCAAACCUUAUGAUUACUCAAACUUGCCCAUUGAGUACUUCACCCAUAAUGAAGCAUUAUUGGAAUCGAUCCUGUCGCCAAGAAUCGAAGACGAAGGCAUAGCCCCCGUGACGACGAUCCGACCCGAGGCCCACCCUAACCAUCCAAACUUUGACUACAGCACCUUGUCGGAACUUGAACGUGCUGCCAUUGUCACAUCAACUUCACCACUCUCGAAAACUUUGAAAAGUAGACAUUUACAAAUGAUUGCCAUUGGUGGGGCCAUUGGUACCGGGCUUUUCAUCAGUUCAGGCCAAUCCUUGGCCAUGGCCGGGCCCUUGGGGAUGCUUCUUGUGUGGCUCUUUAUGUCGCUGAUCAUCUAUGUGACCAUGUCAAGUUUGGCGGAAUUGCUGGUGGCGUUCCCAGUGUCCGGUGCGUUUGUCACCUUCAACACUCUUUUCGUGGAUCUGUCCUGGGGGUUUGCCAUGGCCUGGAAUUAUGCCCUCCAAUGGCUUGUUACAUUACCCUUGGAAUUGGUGGCGGCAAGUAUCACCAUCCAAUAUUGGAAUACAAACGUUAACCCAGCCGUUUUCGUGGCGGUUUUCUAUGUGGUGAUUUUCAUUAUCAAUUUGUUUGGUGUAAAAGGUUAUGGUGAAGCUGAAUAUAUCUUCAGUAUCAUCAAGAUUGUUGCCGUCAUUGGUUUCAUCAUCUUGUCGAUUGUAAUCGUCUCUGGAGGCGCCCCCAAUCAUGUACACAUCGGAGGUAGUAAUUGGUUGGAACCUCAAGGUGGUUUGUUCAAUAUCCAUGAACCUUUUAAAAACAUCUGUUCCAUUCUUUUCAGUGCUGCAUUCGCCUAUUCCGGAGUAGAAUUGUUUGCUCUUGCCUCUUGUGAAACUAUAAACCCAAAGAAAACUAUCCCAAAGGCCAUUAAACAAGUGUUUUGGAGAAUCCUCAUUUUUUAUAUCCUUUCCAUUGUCAUGAUUGGAUUGUUGGUAUCCUAUAAAGAUGAAAGAUUAUUGGGUAAUAACGUUGGUGGAAGUUCUGUAGCUUCAUAUGCUGGGGUCAACAUUAAUACUUCUCCCUUUGUUAUUGCCAUCCGUGAGGCUCAAAUCCCUGCUCUCCCUUCGAUUAUGAAUGUUGUGAUCAUCAUCACCGUGUUAUCGGUUGGGAAUGCAUCUGUCUAUGGAUCCUCUAGAACCCUUGCUGCCCUUGGUGCUCUUCGUCAAGGUCCAUCCAUUUUGAACUAUAUUGACCGUAGAGGUAGACCAUUGGUUGCCCUUUUCGUCCAGGCCAUCAUGGGGUUACUUUGUUUCCUUGUUGCCAUUCCAGGUCAAACCAAAAGUAUUGAUGUAUUUAAUUGGCUUUUAGCAAUCAGUGGAUGUUGUUCUAUUUUCACUUGGUGGUCUAUUUGUCUUUGUCAUAUUAGAUUCAGAGCUGCAUUGGCCCAUAGAGCAAGAGAUGCUAGUGAAGAACUUGUUUACACUGCCAGUGUCAAAGGGUCUUGGUAUGGACUUAUACAAUUGUUUCUUAUCCUUGCAGUUCAAUUCUGGGCUGCUCUUUUCCCAACCAAUAAUGGAGGUAAACCUGAUUUGGUGAGUUUCUUUCAAGUUUAUUUAGGAGCAGUUGUUGUUUUCGUCAGUUAUGUUGGUCAUAAGUUGAUUUCUUGGAUAUUUUUCAAAGCUCCACUCCUCAAGUUUUACCUCACAGUAGAUGAAAUUGAUGUUGAUACUGGACGAAGAGAUAUCGAUCUUGAAAUUGUAAAACAAGAAAUUGCAGAAGAUAGAGCUGCUGCACUUACUUGGCCAAUUUAUAUGAAAGUAUUUAAAUUCUUCUGUUAA